UUGUGUGAAAACCCGAGGAGGAAGCACUAGCGGCUUAGUUCCGGACUUCCUGUUCAGCGCUUGACUGGUGAGUGGUGGAAAGGGAUGAGGUCCGCACGCUAAUAACACUACUCAAUGAACCCGGAAUAAAAAUUCAAGAUGAGCUGGAUUCCCUUUAAGAUUGGACAACCCAAGAAGCAGAUUGUCUCUAAAACUGUUGAAAGAGACUUUGAGCGAGAGUAUGAAAAACUCCAAAAGCUGGAGGAUCAGACAAAAAAGCUUCACAAGGACAUGAAGAAAAGCACUGAAGCUGAUUUAGCAAUGUCCAAAGCAGCAGUGAAGAUCUCUGCAGACCUGCUGAGUAACCCACUAUGUGAGCAGGACCAGGCCUUCCUAGAAUCCAUGACUGCUUUAGACACAGCUAUGAAACGGAUGGACUCCUUUAACCAGGAGAAGGUCAACCAGAUUCAGAAAACUGUUAUUGAUCCUCUGAAAAAGUACAGCGGCGUCUUCCCCAGCCUAAACAUGGCAGUGAAACGCCGGGAACAGGCACUGCAGGACUACAAACGCUUGCAGGCCAAAGUGGAAAAGUACGAAGAGAAAGAGAAAACCGGGCCCAUUAUGGUCAAGCUGCACCAGGCCAGAGAGGAGCUCCGGCCGGUCAAGGAGGAUUUCGAAGUCAAGAACAAGCAGCUUCUCGACGAGAUGCCCAAGUUCUACCACAGCCGCAUCGACUACUUCCAGCCCAGCUUUGAGGCCCUCAUCCGGGCACAGGUGGUCUAUUUUACCGAAAUGUACAAAAUCUUCAGCGAGUUAACAGACCAGAUCGACCAGGCAGGGCUGACUGAUGAGCAGAGGGAGAGGGAGACUGAGGCCAAGCUCAGCGAAUUGCGUGCUCUGUCCAUUGUCGCCGACGACUGAGGGAGGAAAGCUGAAAACCGGGAAGGGCUCCUUUGAUGCCCAUCUGAAUGGAUUGCACUCUUUUCAGGCUCCUCCGUGCAGUAGAAACGGACAGCGGUGGCCUUAACCUGAUUAUCAGUUUAUUUCCUUGCGGCCUCAUCACCCCCACCCAUUCCUCCUGCACUACACUCCGUUUGAAGACUCAGAGCAGCUGAAAUGCCACAUUAAGUAAGCCAUCAACCAAGUGCAACAUUAUAAGCCAAUAUCUUGUUUUUUCGGUGAAGGAAUCAAACUGUUCUCAUUAGAACUAAUUACCAGGGCUACACGUAUGGGUUUUAGAGAUGCAUUCAAGCAUGUGUUUUAAAAACAUUGAAUGUUUUUAAUCAAAUCUUUGUUACUAACAAUUUGUGAAACAUUUGUUAUAGUUUUUUUAAUGCAACACUACAAACUGAAUGUUAUGUAAUAUUUUAGGUUACCAGCAAAACCGUGUAUUUCUGUACCUUGGCCUUUGCUGGUUGUCACUACCUUUAGCUCUGUGCCAUGUUGUAAUAGCUUUGUGUUGAGCUUUAGAGGAAGAUUGUGGUACUAUCACCUGUGCAUAAUGUGCCUACAUUGUCCGGACUGGAUUUAACGUGGUGCCUGUGCAGCAGUGUUAAAUUGACCUCUCAGGCUGCGGAGAGAACACGCUUUUUCCAAAAGUCAAAAUCUCCAUCCAAAACAAAGGCUGGUGCUCCCUCUAGUGGGAGAUACAUGUAUUGACAGUCUCCUUUUAUUCACACCAUCCAUCCUUUGUUCUAUUGUUGGUUGCUCAGUUUGCCACUUAGCAAAGAAGCUCACACGUGGUUAGCACAGCAGAUUAAGUCAGAUUGAAGGUGCUCGACCCCGGCAGUGAUUUGCUUUUUGGGGUUUUGGACCAAAUUGUCUUGUCAUUACAGUACACUCAUUUGAUAAACACACACUUUGCAGUUAGUGGGUCUGGAUGUUAAUGUACACACAGCAAUUGCUCCCAUCACGUUACAGGAUCUUUUUUAUAGGGGUCCUACAAAUAAUUUGAAUGUUUCUUUAGACAUGUUUUAGGAGAUUGUUUAAUCUACAAGCACGUGAGCGUCUAUUUAUGAAGGGUUCUCUUUUUAAAUUAUGAAGAAUUUAAUUCAUAGCAGCUGAUUAUCCUUAAGAAAACUUAAUAAUGAGGGUUUUUUUAGGCUUCUUUAUGUAUUACGAUAAUCUGUUAAAUGACAAUGUUUUAUGUCAUUUACAUGUUCAAUCAUUAAAAAAAUGGCUCUUUAGAACCUACAA